AUGCAUGAGAAAGACCGCGUAUCUGAGAGUGGCUUGGAGGGGGCGCAGUGCGCAGCCCGCGAGCGUUUGCGAAAACGCGCAAAGACGAUAAGAAAGAUGGGUGCUGCAGGCGCUCUGGGAAUGAGCGAACUCUACGCGAUAGUAAAGAAAAAGCCAAUAGUCAACAUACUACGAAAAGGAAUACUGAGCAAAGCCCUGAAGCCAGGGGAGGAAAACUGGGAGCGCAACUGCGAAAUAGUUGAGUCCCGGGUGGAGGAGUUCAUACGGACCGAGAAGAGCAGGCAGAGCUUGGAAACCGCAGAUGUGGUAAAAAAGGCUGAUCUUUAUGGGAAAGGCCGCAGUAUUGAGGAAAAGCUGAGGAGCAUGUACAUAAAGAGGCUGGAGGCUCAGACACAUGUGGAGGCUGGAAAAGGGAUUGAGAAGGAGGCGGUAGAAGGCCUCGAGAAAAGCCUUGCUGAAGGUUCGAGCAAGGCUGGGGACAGAAAAAUUGCAAAAGAGGCCAAAGCAGAAGCCCUGCCAAGAACGAGCGCCAAGCAGUGCCGUGGCAUGAUGGAGCGGCAGGAGGGCCGGCUUCUUUUGUGCUAUCUGUGCGGGCGGGGCGGACACGUGGCCAAGCGAUGCUUUAGGGUGGUUAAAGAAAAUGCUCUCCAGAAAAAAGCCAAGGCCUGCGUGGAGAGCGCGCUUCUAAGCAGGCCCGCAGGCUGCGCCGAGCCCCAAGAGGCGGAGAGCUCUGCACAGGCGGGCGGCUUGGAGAGCACGUGCAAAGAAGCUUCGGAAAGGGCCGGCCAAAGCGACUCUACCGGAAGACCUUUAAAAACCGAGCCUUCUGCCACUAAGGCGGAAAGCGCUUUUGAUCUGUCUACUGUCAGAAAGCAGCCGGGAGCGCCGCCUGGGGACAAAAGAGUUUUAGACGGGGGAAUCACCCGCGCUUUGGCUACCGCGCGGCCGGCAAGCGGCGGGUCUGUGGUGGACAUAUCGAAGCUGCAGAAAGAGAACCCAUACCUUGUGCUUAUGCUCAAAUACUAUUUAAAAAGAACAGCCCAGCUGAACUUGGAGCAUUUGCAGGCUAAGAAACGCUGA